AUGCCACGUGUAAAACAAAAAUUCACUAAAACUCGUCGCGAAUCACGCAAUGAUAACUGGAAAUCAAGCCGGCAAUCAAGUUUAAACACUCAGUCAACUGAGUACGAAGAAGCAUGGGAAAGACUUUACAGAAAAGUUGAAAAAAAUCAAACCUUGCUUGAGAAAGAUAAAAUGAAAAAUGAAACACCUAGUCAAAAAUUUGGAGCUAAUCAAAGAAAAGUACAAAUUACAACCUACCAGGAAUUCAAAAAUGCUAAUUUUUGGGGUCAGAGUGUUUCUAUUAUUUAUACUGGAAGAUCCACUAUUGACGAAUUGAUAGAAAGAUUUGAGAAUCCGACAAGAUCUGCUGAAAAUGAUGAAUCUUAUCAAUCAAGCCUAGAGAAGGAUUCAAGAUCAAAUAGAAGUAUACAACCAAUUCGUAACGAGGAAACUAUGUCUACUGAAAGCUUUAAAAGUGUCGAAAAGUGGAUAUCCGAGUUACCCGAAGUGACUGAUGAUUAUUAUAAUGAUAGCAAAAACCCAGAAGAAAUUUAA